AUGAGACCGUUCCAGCAGCCAUUCAUCGCGUGCCGGUGGGACGCGUCCAGGGUCUUGGGAGUGUCCGGCAGAUAUACGCGUGCUUCAAUAUCUGCGUGCAGCGGACAAUCGCGAUAUAUCCACCAAGCCGCGGGAGUGAGGGAAUCCAGAAACUCAACAACAUCGAGAAAGUUUCCAGUAAAAGGAGCACAUACCGCAAAUGUGGCAACGCCAAUUUCGCCAAAAUCAUCUCAGCUCCUUUCCAAUCAUCCAAUUGCAACCACAUAUCGGGCACUGUACAGCACUGCCACUUCCCCCAAAGAACCAACAAUACACGAUGUCUUCGACACCACAUCAGGCACAUGGCAAUAUAUCGUUGCCGAUCCCUCUACAUCAACCGCAGUCAUCAUCGACCCAGUUCUGAACUUCGAUCCCGCAACGCAAGCGAUAACGACCAAGUCGGCAGAUGCUCUUCUCGCUCUUGCCAAGGAGAACGGCUACAAGAUUGACAAGAUUCUCGAAACACAUGCCCACGCAGACCAUUUGAGUGCUGCCUCAUAUCUGCAAAAACGUCUGCGCCAAAGUCAAGACCACAAGCCGCCCAUUUGCAUUGGACAACGUAUCGAACAAGUUCAAAAGCUAUUCAGUCAGAGAUACGGCGUCCCGAAAAGCGAGUACAAGCAGGUAUUUGACAGGCUGCUUGGUGAUGAUGAGACUUUCACCGUUGGAAACAUCACCGUGAAAGCCAUCCACCUGCCAGGCCACACGCCAGAUCAUCUCGGAUAUAUGAUUGGAGAUAAUGUAUUCUGUGGUGAUUCUCUUUUCCACGCAGACAUCGGCACAGCACGAUGCGACUUUCCCGGCGGCGAUGCCAAAGAUCUCUUCCAAUCAGGUCGCAAGCUGCUCAGUCUUCCCGGGCAUGUGAAGAUCUGGACUGGCCAUGAUUAUCCUCCGGCAGGCCGUUCCGAGCCUGUCCCCUGGAUGAGUGUUCACGACCACAGAGAGCUCAACAAGCAUCUCAAAGAAGGCAUCACUGAAGAUGAGUUCGUGGCUAUGCGUCAAGAACGUGAUGCAGGCCUUGCCGCCCCGAAGCUGCUUCAUCAGUCUUUGCAGAUCAAUAUUCGUGCUGGGAGACUACCUGCUCCGACAGAGGCUGGGCAGAGGCUUCUACAUGUUCCUUUGAAGCUUAGUGAUGAUCCGUGGUAG